AUGGAGGACCUCAUGCAGUUGCCGCGAGGUUCAUUGGAUGGGUCCGAUGAACCACCCACAGGAGCCCAUGCUCCGAGCUUCGGAGAAGUACCUCUUCCUGACUUUGCUAGGAGGAGGACCAGGGUGACCUUUGGCAAUGUGGAACCUGCGACACCAUCUUCGUCUUUGGCAUCUAGUGACAGCAGUGGGAACUCAGCCGGAAGGGUGAGUGGUAGUUCAGUCGAGGGAGGUGCUGAGAGCGAAGUUAGAGGUGUCUCGGGACGUGCCGAAGACCCUGGUGCAACUAUGGUUGGUUGGAUGAGCCCAGAAAGUGACCCAUGGGUUGAUCGAGAUCCAUGGAGAGUACAUGUCAUGGCAGAGAACUGGUCUGAUGCUUCGUCAGCUAGGAGCAGUGACGCAGCAGUGGAUGCAUGGGAGAACUGGAGCGGUAGCGCUCAAUCAUGGAGCGGUUGGUCAUCAGGCAAUUGGUCUGUUCGAUCGGGCCGGGAUGCCUGGGGAAACUGGGAUUGGAGAUCCGAUGCAUCAGCAUCUUCAGACCGGAAUUCAAAUUGGUCAUGGCGGGAUGGUGAACUAUCUGUUGGACAUCGUCAGCGUUCAGGAGAACCUGAAGAUAGCGAUCAAAAGGAAUUUCCUGGUGAAAAUGGAUCUGGACAAGGAGAAUCACACCGGCUUGCUGUCAAAGAAGCGCAAGGUCAUGGUGUGGAGAUGAAACCAUGGGAUCCAGCAUCGCCAGGUGGUAUGGCAAAGGACUCUGUGAACAGGCCAUCGGGUGAUAUCCCAAGUGGAGUCCCGUCAGUUGCAGGCAACAGCCAACAAAACAUGUCAACAGGCGGGAAGAUCAGCUCAACUUAUCCUCCAAUCUGCUAUGCACGCCCUGGUGAGUCAUGGGAGCAGUAUUGGAGGAGUGUGAUGUUCUGGCUGGCUUCUGAAGGAAGAUCUCUUCCAGAAGAAAUGCGUGGCCCGAGGUUGAUGCAGCAGCUUAGGGAACGUGCAGGGAAGAUCGUUCAGCACUUGACGGUCGCUGAGGUCUCUUCAGCACAUGGCAUCGACAUCAUCAAGAAGACUAUGGAGAGGUCGCCGAUCAUCAAGCUGCUGGAUCAGAAGCGAGUUGAUCAACGCAGACAGAAGUUCAUGCGACUGGCGAGAUUGCCGCAGGAGUCCUUGGAGUCGUUCAUCAACAGAGCUGAGAUCUACCGCCGGGAGAAUCAGUCAAGCCCGGCGUACCAGGUGGGAUCUCAGUUCUAUGUGGGGCACCUCAUGGAUGCCGCAAAACUGACAAAGCGAGACCAGGCACUAAUCAAAGCUGCAUGUGGAGGCGCCUUGGAGGAUGAGGACCUGGUCACGAAUGCAAUCAUCGACUUGGCGGAUCAGCUGGAAGGCAUUCCAGGAUGCCCCAUUGGAAGGGGAGAGCCAACAUUGGAUCAAGAAGACAAGUACUUGGUCCAAAAGGCUGGGGACCCCAUCGACGCAGAAAGAAGUUUUUUGGACGACGAAAGUUCAGAGAUGCAAUUGAUGGCAAUCCUGGAAGAUGAAGACAAUGCAGAGGAGGAGGUCGAAGAUGAGGGAUUGGCAGAAUUGUUGGGCGAAGAGUCCAUGGACGAGGACGAGGACGACAUGACGUCUUUUGGCAGCUCAAGUCAUGCCACUUUGGAGACGGCUACAAGUGCAACUUCGCAGACAUCACCAUCGACGAGCAUUUCGUCGGCAUCCCCUUCGGGAGGCUUGGCAAUGGCAGAGAUCUAUGCCCAGGAGUACAAAGCUCGCAAUCGAGUGCGAGAAAUCAAGAAGAUGCGCCAGUACUUCCAGAAGGAGGCCAAUGGUGGUGGCAAUGUGAAGGAUCGUGAUCAAGUUCGCCGUUGGGUGAAGGAGCAGCAGAAGACGGAGCCUUGCUUUAUUUGCCGUCAACUUGGUCACUGGUCGCAGGAGUGCCCGUACCGGAACAAAGCUCCGGUGCAUGCAUCGAAUGUGACUUUUCCGGUGGCUAUGGCACAGUCUGAAGCAGAUUGGGCCUAUUUACAGGCAUGUGUGAAGUCCGAUGCGCAGUACAAAGGGCGCUUGGGGUUGAUCGGCAAGGAGCACGUCUCAUGUCAGUUCAUGGUGGACUCAUCAAAUGAAGUACAUGACAUUUGUUGGUCACUCACAGAGCUGGGGGACAAGAUGAUCUUGGAUUUGGGAUGCAUGAAAACGGUGGCAGGAAACAUCAUGUCAGAGCAUUUGGAUUGCAUCAAUCGCGUGGUGGUCACUACACUCUUAAAAUUGAUGAUGUUGAACAAUUGCAAGAAGUACCACAUCACGCGUGUUUGGAACCUCAUCGUGAAGUCAUGCCUCUGCCAAUUUCAAGUGGAUCAAGGCGAGUGA